GCCAGAGGUAAACAAAAAUCAGUUGUUUACUUAGCUGUACAUCUACAUUCCCUGUUUCAACUUUUUAAUUUGGAAAAACUACAUUUUAAAUCAAAGCUUAUGACCAUAUUUACCCUAUUUUUCCAUUACAAUAAAAAGCUCUUUUCUCAUCUGCAUGCACAGUAACAUUUCUUAGUAAUGGUAGACUGUGAUAUUGGUGUUUUCGUCCGAAGGGGUGGCAUACUUUUGGCUCCUUUGGCCAAAUAUAAUAAUCGUAAAUACCAGUAUAUAUUAAAAUGUGACCAGUGUAAUGAAAUAUGUUAUUGCAUUGAUUCAUUUGUGCUUCAUUGUCUUGAUCACGAUGAAAACCUAAAAGCUGAAAAAAAGGUGACUCGUCGAAAAGCUGCACAGCAAACUAAAACGUCCGAAUCAGAAAAGGACGAGGAUCCCUUGAAAUUAAUAAAACACAAUAGCGUUUUCGACGAUGAAAUUAUGUCUGAUAACGAUGAUACAAAAAUUACCAAAAAUGAUUUUAAGGUUAAAAUUAAUAAUGAGUCGAAUGAUGGCAUUGAUAUGUCGCUUGUAAAAGAGGAGGAACUUAUUACUGACAGCAGGAGUUUGAAUGAUGACCAUGAAAAUCAGGAUGAUCAUGAAAAUCAGGAAGAAUAUGACAGUCAGAAGGAAUAUGAAAAUUAUGAAGAGUAUAAAAAUGAGCAAUAUCUUAAAAAUGAUAAAGAACAUGAGAGUGAUGAUGAAGAAUAUCCAGAUAUGGUAAAUAAUGGUAUGAGACAAAAAAGCACAAAUCACUAUGAUGGGGAUUAUGUAGAUGAACUGGUCGAUGAUGAGGAAGAGGGGCUGUUAGUAACCAAGUCCCGACAGCGCAGAAAAAAGUCAAAAAUAACUGACGAUGUUGAGGGUGAACAAGGGAAUAAGCCUUUGCCUCACAAAAAACAAAUACUGAUGUUUAUACAUGACUUUAUGAGAAAUCGGUCGCAUGUUGCAGCUCUACUGGCUGCCUAUGAAAAACAACCGCUACUGUGGAAAUUUGAUAAGACAGAGCAUUUAAAAAAAGCAGAUCGAGAACUACAUCUCCGGCGAAUAGCCGAUGAAAUGGAAUAUGCCAAUAUUCCCUUGACCAGCACCAGUCAAAUCGAAGAAGUAUUGCGUUAUAUACGUAAUUCCUACAGGCUCUACAUAAAUCACUUUGACCCCAACGACAGAAAGGGAGAAAAACGAAAGCCCCCAUGGUAUGCCAAAUAUUUGGAGUUUAUGCGACCAUGCAUGGAGAUGACAAUAACCAGAAUCAAUGAGCACUAUUCAAAUCUGAGUCCCCAACAAAUAGUACAGAUAUUGGGCAUUUAUGAAAAAUAUCCACAUCUUUGGAAUACCGAUCUGGUGGAAUAUGUGUGCAAUAAUAAAAGGCUGGAAGCUUUGCAGGAAAUGCAGCAAACCAUUGAAAAGGAAAUGGGUAUGAAGGUCGACAUAGAGAGUCUUAAACGUUACGUUUACAAUGUACACAUGUAUUGUACUCGAGAAAAGAGGCUAUUGGUGGAGAAGCCUUGCGAGCAGUCAGAUAUUUGUAAAUAUUACAAACACAUGUCUUUCCUAGUCGAUCAUUGCGGUCCAUUUUUCUGUUCCGCUUGUGGCAAGAAAUUUGGAGGAGUUUUUGUGUUGAAAAUUCACCAUAGCAUUCAGCACGAAAACGAAGCUAAUUUAAAACACCUGCAGUGUUCUGUGUGCCUGAAAGUGUAUAAGACGCACGUACCCUACGUAGCUCACGCCAGAAAGCAUAUGAAAGAUUUCAAACAUGAGUGCAAAGAUUGUGGUAAGAAAUUUAUAAGGCCGGCCGAUUUACAAAUUCACACACGUUACCAUACCGGCGAAUUGCCAUAUUGUUGUGAGAUAUGCGGUCAAAAUUUUAGACAUGCCCAAGAGCUAACGGUGCAUCGAAGACGUCACAACAAAGAAUAUCUACACUACUGUGAAGAAUGUUCACAGGGUUUCUACAGCAAAGAUAUGCUAACGGACCAUAUGCGAAUGAAGCAUAUCAAAACACGAGAAUUUGUUUGCGAUACAUGCGGCAAAGGCUUCACUACUAAGAAAUAUCUAAAUCGACACAAAUCCAUCCAUUUGAAGGGCAUAAAUCAUGUGUGUAAACUUUGUGGAAAAGGUUAUAAGAAUAAAGCUGGCAUCUACCAUCACAUGAGAACGCAUCGAAGGACAGAUGUGUUGAAAAAAAAAUAUCUCGACAGAGAAUGUGAUGAAAUGUUGGAAGAUAUAUUACAAUUGUUAGCAAUGGUAGACUGUGAUGUUGGAGUUUUCGUCCGAAGGGGUGGUAUACUUUUGGCCAAAUAUGAUAAUCAUAAAUAUCAGUAUAUAUUGAAAUGUGACCAGUGCAAUGAAAUAUGUAAUUCUAUUGGUUCAUUUGUGCUUCAUUGCCUAGAUCACGAUGAAAAGCUAAAAGCUGAAACAAAGGUGGCUCGCCGAAAAGCUGCACACCCAACUGAGGUGCCCAUAGCAGAAAAUUACGAGGAUCCCUUGAAAUUAAUAAAACACAAUAGCGAUCACGAAGAUGAAAAUGUAUCUGAAAACGAUUACACCGAAAUUACCGAUUAUGCACUUGAGGUUAAAAUUAAUCAUGAGUCGAGUGAUGAACUCGAUAUGUCACUUGUAAAAGAGGAGGAACUUAUCACAGACAGCCAGAGUUUGAAUGAUGAGCAUGAAAAUCAGGUUGAUCAUGAAAAUGAGGAAGAACAGGAGUGUGAGGAAGAAGACGAAAAUGAUGAAGAAUAUAACGAUAUGAAUGAUAAUAAGAAUGCAUAUGGUACAAGACAAAAAAGGACCAAUCACUACGAUGGGGAUUAUGAAGAAGAAAUGAUUGACGAUGAAGAAGAGGAAGAAGAGCUGUUAGUACCCAAGUCCCGCAAAGGCAGAACAAAAUCAAAAAAUACUGACGAUGUUGAGGAUGAACCAGAGAAUAAGCCUUUUCCUCAUAAAAAGCAAAUGAUAUUUGUACAAGACUUUAUGAGAAACCGGUCACAUGUUGUAGCUCUACUAGCUGCCUAUGAAAAACAUCCGCAACUGUGGAAACUUGAUAAGACGGCGCGUUUAAAAAAAGCAGAUCGAGAACUGCAUCUACGGCAAAUAGCUGAAGAAAUGGAAAAUGCCAAUAUUCCCAUGACCAACACUAGUCAAAUCGAAGAAAUAUUGCGUUCUUUGCGCAGUUCGUACAGAAAUUAUAUAAAUCACUUUGACCCCAACGACAGAAAGGGAGAAAAACGAAAGACCCCAUGGUAUGCUAAAUAUUUAGAGUUUAUGCGACCAUGCAUGGAGAUGACAAUAACCAGAAUCAAUGAGCAGUAUUCAAAACUGAGUCCCCAACAAAUAGUACAAAUAUUGGGCAUUUAUAAGAAAUAUCCACAUCUUUGGAAUACCGAUCUGGUGGAAUAUGUGUGCAAUAAUAAAAGGCUGGAAGCUUUGCAGGACAUGCAGCAAAUCUUAGAAAAGGAAAUGGGCAUGGAGGUCGACAUAGAGAGUCUUAAACGCUACGUUUAUAAUUUACACAUGUAUUGUUCUCGCGAAAAGAGGCUACUGGUGGAGAAGCUAUGCGAGCAGUCUGAUAUUUGUAAAUAUUACAAACACAUGUCAUUCCUAGUCGACCAUUGCGGUCCAUCUUCUUGUUCCGCUUGCGGCAAAAAAUUUAAAGGUGUUUUUGUAUUAAAAAUACACCACAGCACUCACCACGAAAACGAAACGAAUUUGAAACGCCUGCAGUGUUCUGUGUGUCAUAAGGUGUAUAAGAAGCAAGAACCCUACGUAGCUCACGCCAGAAAGCAUAUGAAAGACUUCAAGCAUGAGUGCAAGGAAUGUGGUAGGCAAUUUAUAAGAGCGGCUGAUUUACAAAUUCACACACGUUACCAUACCGGCGAAAUGCCAUAUUGUUGUGAGAUUUGCGGCCACAAUGUUAAAUGUGCCCAAGAGCUUACUACGCAUAGGAGACGUCACAACAAAGAAUAUGUCCACUAUUGUCAAGAAUGUUCACAGGGCUUCUAUACCAAGAAUUUGCUAACGAACCAUAUGCGAAUGAAGCAUAUCAAAAAACGAGAAUUUGUUUGCGAUACAUGUGGCAAAGGCUUCACCACGAAGAUUUAUCUAACUCGACACAAAGCCAUUCAUUUGCAGGGCAUAAAUCAUUUUUGUAAACUCUGUGGUAAAGGUUAUAAGAAUAAAGCUGGCAUCUACCAUCACAUGAGAACGCAUCGUAGGACAGAUGUGUUGACAAAAAAAUAUCUGGAGAGAGAAGAUGAGGAAAUGUUGGAAGAUAUAUAAAACAAGCACACCAAUGUAUGUUUUCUUGGGUCAAGGGAAUUAAUGAAAUUUUGUUGUUGAAUAAAUUUCGUAUUAUAACUUU